GCAUUCCACAUAUACACAUGAGCACAAGGGAGUGCACACGCACUUAUGCAGAGGGAGGGUUAAGCACGAAGGACAGGGAUGGCAGUAGCGGCGCCCAGUCUUGCAUGGAUGGGGGGGAUGGCUCCGGCAAGCGUUGAUCAUCCCUGCAAAGCUUACAUCGUCGUUCUGUGCUUCUUUCUCCUGUCGCUCGCUGCUGCUGAAUCGGAUGUAACUGCCGACAAAGGGUCUCUUGCGAGUCAGACCCAUGUGAAUAACGUCGAGCAAGCUGCUGGACGAUCUCUCGACUGUCUUCGUCUUCCUCCUAACGAAAGUGAUGGCCGCCAUAGCCACGACCUUCCAAACGCUAACGAAGAAGUCUUAGAGGUUCCAUUACCAUUGAUGGGGAAUCGCAAGCUGCUCGCAAACGCUGCUGCAACUGAUCUGGAGACAGCACUGCCAGCAGAGGGGAGAUCGCUGAUUCUGUUUGCUUCUCGAUCUAAACCGGAUAAAAAAGAUGUGUCACUGAGAAGUGCGUUGCUAGGACUUAGUCGAAGGGAGGUAAUGAGCCAUGGCGGAUCGUCUUUCUUCUCUUCCUUGACGUGGUACGCUCGCUGUGCAGCAGCUCCUCUCAAGCUGUUGUCAGCCUUCGACAUCAGAAACUACUACUCCCAAUACCGGCUGAGGGUCGUGGAGGAUCACAAGGGCAAGAAGAGGGGCGCCUGGGUGUUUGUUCGACUUGCUCGGCAAGAAGAAGACAGACUUGCAAGGCCAGAGCAAAUGGCGGACAGGUCAAGAGCGGCAAGUGGUCAGGAGGCAAGGUCGGCUUCGAAAAGGCACGCCUUGAAGCGCUCCCUCCUAUCACAUAAUUACGCAAGCGGCGAUCCAGACGGCUGGCAUGUGGGCGAGGAGUCUCGUCCGCGCACGGUUUUGCAAGCAACUGCAGGGAGCAAUCACCGCCAUCUACAAAAUGGUCCAGUUUAUCCAGGACCUGCUACUAGCCUAAGGAAGGUAUUUAGCAAACAGUGUCAUGCGUUUAGCUUCGCUGCAGUACUGAUAGGAAUAACCACUGUGGUGGGUAUCUGUGCUCGAGGAGGAGAUGGGAAACGCAACAACAAGCGUGGAACGGAGAAAAAGAGGCCAGAGGUGGGAAGCUGGGGAAAACCAAAUCUGGGUGGGUCAGGGGGAGCAAGCGUGGCGGCACCGACGGAGGAGGAGGAGGAGGAGGGGGAGGAGAGGGAGGAGGAGGAGGAGGAUGCGAAGGAGGAUGAUGAUGUGAAGGAGGGGCUCGUUGGGGAGGAGAGAGAGGUGGGAAAUGGGUAUUGCAAAACCUGGCCAUAAUAGAUUUGACGAGUCACUCGUCAUGUACCGCUCAGCCUGCUCGGGUGGAUGUUCGUUUGCACCUGAGGGUCGCUGCCUUUUGAAUUUGUCUGCCCACUGCUCGGGUGGAUGGUUGUAAACCGACGUCUGAAUUGCUCGACACAAUUCGAAGAUCAAUGCCAUCAACUUCAACAAGAAUACGGUUCCGUGACUGCGAUUCCGUCUGUGCGUCUCUCCUGGCACGAGUCCUGGAGUGCGAGAGCGAGCGUGAGUGGGCGAGAUUCGGACCGGGUGGGUGCUUUGUCCCAUACUCUAUUUGUCAAUCUCGCCUUGUCUUUUUUUUUCUUUUUUUUUUCAACAGUGAACGCAUCACAUUCGGAGCAGGAUUCGAACUCAAGACCUGAGCGACCUAAGCUCGUUCGAAUGAUGAUUUCAGAGUCACUGUGUAUACCAUUCAGCCAUGGGCUGGGUCACAACCUCACCAGGGAUACUUGGUGGAAGGCGGCCACGCCAACUCCUCUUCUUUUUUUUUUUUUCUCUUUUUUUUUUUUCCCUUUGAAAAACACUCCCUCUAGUGCUAGUGGGAUGUACUGGUUGUCUAAACCACCACUACCUUUCGGAGGGGAAGGCUAAAUCACGAAUAUAAGCUACACGGCAUUCUUCAGAGGCCAGGCGCCACCAGACGAAAAUGGCCGGCGGACAAAAGAAGAAAAGGUGGUACGGGCUCUUCAGCAAAGGUUGGCCGCGAUGUUCUACUCCGCGCCGGCAAAAAGAGGUUCGGGAAAGAAAAAGAAAGAAGACUGCUGGACAGACAAACGGUUAUGUAUACAAACGAAUGCUAGGCCAGCAGGUCUCGCAGCCUCUGUAGUCAACCCAGCUCCCCACGGUUGCAAGGCUGCAGAUUCCAGGGGUUCUGACCAUUCCAAGGACUUCUGUGGCUUUCCUUUUUGACUUAGUAAUUGCUGCUUGAGCAGCGUAGCAGUUGGUCAGUACUUAUCCAUGUUUUCCCUCAAAGAAAAAAACAAAAAAGCCUGCAGAGAGCCUGUUGCAAGGUCUGCUCGUCCAUGGUCUGCUCGUCCAUGGAUACGCAUAGGACCUCCCUUCGCUACUCAACGUUCGAAAGAGUAUCUGAGCAGGACAGUAGAGGAUGAACCUGCUGAUAGAACAUGUUGAAUAUUGAGCCGCUAAGUUCUAACAGGUCCAGACUCCAGAUACUUUCACUAUGCUGUCUAGUGGAGCGACCCCGAUAGCCUGUAGCCUGUAGUCGACUCCUCUCUCUGCUCCCCACAGCUGCACCGUCUGUUGGUAACUCUCCACGCAUGUGCAUUAGACAUGAAUGGUUUUUUUUUUUUUUUUUUUUUAAAUGAAUGGUUUUUGUCCACCUGCACGCAGGAAAACGACAGUGAAAGCCACUACGCUCAGGCCAGCAGGUGGUCGGUCAUGGGGUCCUCCUCCGCUGCUCUCCUCCAUAAAAAAAUAAAAUAAAAAAUUGUAUGUAUGGUGUUCCUAUAGUUGUCAGACUAUAGAAAAUGUCAGACUAUAGAAAAUGGUGAAAAAUGCGUGGCCGCUCCGCUAAGGGCACGCUCACACUGUUAGACCACGCCCAGCCUGGUGGUGCAGCCUGGGGCGUGGGCGCACAUGCUGUGGAUUCCGAGUGAAUUGGUAGCGAGAAGAGGUUUGGAGGGCCAAGGAUUUGGACUUCGUGCUGUGUGAGCAGGCUGUUGGCCGAUUUCGGUGCCAUGGUAUCGUUGUGAUGAGAAGCAACAUGGGUCAGAUGGCUUGGAGUAGCAUAAUUUUCGAUCAGCGUGCGACAUUGUGGGGCCUCUCGGGUUUUCUGACUGGUUUCCCAUUGCCGUACACCGGCCCGGCGUCACUGUGAACCCGAGGAAGAAGAGAGGCACUGUAGCAUAUUAUGCAUUAUAUUUUUUCAGUAGAAGCUACAUGUCAAUGGGCACAGCGGCCAAGAAGUGUUGGGAUGCAGACCACAUUAGGGGCAUAAAAAAAUCUC